UUAGACCAUCAGGACUCCUUUGGGCCUCCCUUUCCUUUGGAUUAUACCUGGACUUUGAGCCUCCUUUUCCUCCGGACUGUACUUGAACUUUGGGCCUCCCUUUCCUUGGGAUUAUACCUGAACUUUGAGCCCCCCUUCCUUCGGAUUGUACCUGAAAUAUGACGACCUUGCAUUUGACAUGCUGAUCUGCAUCUAGAUGAAUAGUCUGAACUCUACAACUGCUUUCCGCUUCCAUCUUUCGUCUGCACUCUCACCUGAACACAACUCUAGUGUCCUGACUCGACACCCUGGAGCGAUUGUUGCCACACCUUAGGAUCCACAACACAUACUUUCACACAAUCAUACAUAUUUUUUGAGUUCUUCAAAGAAAUAAAAGACAUUUUCAGACAUUAUAAACUUGUAUGUAUAAAGGCAGCAGAGAGGUUAUACUCUUGAGACGUCUGCCUGAAAGUGUGGACGGCGGCUCGUCGUCUUUUUCUUUCUGCCGACACGAAGCUUCUGUUCCUCCGGUUCCGUCUCGCGGACAUGGACGGACACGCGCGGUCCAGGCUGCUGCUGCUCGCCGCCCUGCUGAGCUCCACUGCGGGCCAGAGUCCCGCGGUCUACUUCGUGGUCGGCGAGCCGCUGGUCCUGACGCCUCCCGUUUUCGGGCCCUUGAACAGCAUCGUGUGGGAUCGGAACGGAGACCUGGUGGUCGAGUGGGUGAACUCUCGCCCGGAACACUUCAGUUCGUUUAAAAGAUACGCAAACCUGAACAUGACGACCGGACAGCUGGUGAUCAAACCCACAAUUCAAAGGGACGCAGGGCUUUUUAAAGUGGUGAUCAACAAGGUGCAGAGUCUGACUUACAAGGCCCAAGUGAUCAAGAGAGUGUCCAAGCCCGAGGUGCAGAUGAGAACCCUGACCUGUUCUGGAGACCCCACAGGGGCCGGGCCCGUCACCUACAGCUGGAGGAAGGGAACCGGACCGUGGGGGCCGGAGCAGAAGAGCCCAGACACCAUCCUCGAGAACAAUAAGGAGGUCCAGGGUGAAAGAACGAUCUCCUGUCGGAUGACAAACCCAGUCGGCGAGGAGGAGAGCGAGCCCCUCAAGAACCCGUUCUACAGGGAUCCACCUCCUGGUCAUGUAGUCGGGACGGUUCUUGGUGUCCUCUUCGGGAUCGGUGCUGUUGUUGGCGUUGCUGUUUGGAAGCGACAAGCCAUCAAGAACUGGAUCCGUCCAAAUCCAGGAGGAGGUGAAGAUGCUCUUGCAGAGGUGAGGUCCAGUUCUCCUGCUGCUGCCGGGGACAAGGCAGACAGUCCUGAGACUAAACUUCUCAACGGAGAGCAACGAGAAGUUCCCUCAGAUCCAGAUUCUCCUCUGGCCCCCAUCGCUCCAUGAUCCACACGUGUGUUGAGGCCCCGGCGAUAUCGAAAAAAACUUAUCUCGAUAGUUCUUUUUGUUAUAGUGGUCGGUAUGGAGGAAUGUCAAGAUAUAAGUCAAAUCACUAUCUCUGUAGAGCUUAACCCUUUAACUCCCCACCUAAGAAAAAAGCAAUGGAACAUUUUUUUUCUUGCAUUUCUUGGUCCAUUGGGGCAAUGAUAACAACAAUCAAUAUUUUUUUAAUAGACCCCACUGUUUUUUAAUUAUAGGCCCCUACCAAAUUGUAGAGAUGUUGCGUCAUGGUAAAAGUACCAAAAUACAAACAUUUACCAAAAAUAGGGAAAAAAUUCAAAUAAAACGCAAACUUUUUGAAGAAAUUAACAGAAAAAAUGUUUUGGGGCAUGAAUUAGAUACACUUUGUUUUUGGUAGUAUGCUACAAAGUAUUCCUGGUUUGCUGUCAAACAGGAAAACAUUGCAUUUUUGGUUUUCAUUUCAACAAAUGAUAAUAUUGCAUAAACAAGAAAAAAUGCAGGCCUUACAUUUUUGGCAAUCAGAUUCACCUCUGAUUGUAUGCUUCAGUAUAAGACAUUGCAGUUCACAGAAAAAAAAGGAGAAUAUCACGCGUGCACAGGAAAACAUUUAAUUUUUAGCAUUUUUAUCUCAACACACUUCUUUGGUUGUGCAACCUUACAAAUUUUUUGCGAUUAUCAGAUUUACUUCUGAAUGUAUGCUGCAAUACAAAACAUGCAAUUAUAAAUGAAGGGGGAAAAAUAACUUUGCAUUUUUUGGAAAAUAUCAUUCCUUGCAUAAAAAUAAUAACAGAAAAAUU